AUGGGCCUGGGCCUCGUCCGCAUCGCCCUGGAGUGCGAGAAGGCCCAUAACGAGAGAGUGAGGCUGGCGGACGAGCCCAUUUGGAGCAUGUACUGCAACGGCCGCAAGGUGGGCUACGCGGUGCGGCGGGAGCCCACCGAGGAUGAUCUCAGGGUGAUGCAGAUGCUGCGGGCCGCGUCCAUGGGGGCUGGGGUGCUGCCCGUGGCCCGGGAGGGGCCCGAAGAGGGGGAGAUGACGUACAUGCGGGCCCACUUCGAGAGGGUGGUCGGGUCGAAAGACUCGGAGACGUACUACAUGAUGAGCCCGGACGGGAACGGUGGGCCCGAACUCAGCAUCUUCUUCGUUAGGACAACUGAAGAUUCCAUUUAUUUGAAGGACGAGGCUAUAUUAGCACCGGCUCUGAAUGUUGUUGAGCUCAUAAAUGAGUACAUGACAUCGUUUAAUUUGUCUGGUGGUCAUACGUAG